AUGCCCCUCAACGUCAUUUCCAACUUUGCUGCAAACGUGGCCCAUCGCCACCUGCAGCAGUCGGACGCGGAAGCGACGAACUCGCUGGCGAAGUUGUCGGCCGGCACCCGCGUGCUGUCCGCCAAGGACGACGCCGCGUCGCUUGCCAUCGGCUCGCGCCUGCGCGCCGAAGUCAGCGCCCUGCGCCAGGCCUCGGUCAACGCCGGCCAGGCCAUCUCCAUGCUGCAGAUCGCCGACGGCGCCAUGGCGCGCGUCGACGACAUCCUGGUGCGGAUGAAGACCCUGGCCGUGCAGGCCAGCUCGGGUCAGCUCUCCGACACCGAGCGCGGGAUGCUGAACCAGGAGUACACGGCGCUGCGUUCGGAAGUCGACCGCAUCGCCCAGGACACCGAGUUCAAUGGCACCAAGCUGCUGUCCGGCAGUUCGACCUUCUCGGCCACCCUCGCCGGCACGGCGACGGCCAUCGAGGUUGCCGACGGCAUCGAGCAGAUCGCCUUCACCAACGACACCGGCGCCUUCAGCACCGGCAACGUGGUGCAGGUCGCCUACGACGCCACCGCCGACCAGUUCACCGUCACCAACCUGAGCACCAGCACCAGCUACACCUCCGAUCCGGGCGUGUCCGCACCGAGUGCCGGCAACUUCAACGAGGUGACGAUCAACGGCGCCGGCAUCACCCUGACGCUGAACUCCCUGUUCGACGACACCAGCAACAUGACUGCUGACGUCACCACCCAGUUCACGGUCGCCGGCGGCACGUCGGACACCCUGAGCCUGGAGUUCAAGAUCGGCACCGGCACCGACACGACCGACGACGUCACCAUCGACCUUGCCUCGGUCCAGGCCUCCGCCCUGGGCACCGGGCUGGACACCUCGACGGUGGACACCUCGGCCAACGCCACGACGGCGAUCACCGCGGUCAACGAGGCGAUCGACAACCUGGCCGUCGCGCGGGCCCAGCUCGGCGCCGCCCAGAACCGUCUGGAGUUCGCCGCCGCCAACAUCGCGACCACCAUGGAGAACACCGAGGCCUCGCGCUCGGCCCUCAUGGACCUCGAUGUCGCCGCGGAGAUGAGCAACUUCACCUCGAAGCAGAUCCUGGUCCAGGCCGGCGUGUCGAUGCUCGCCCAGGCCAACCAGCUACCGCAGAACCUGAUGCGCCUGUUCCAGUAA